CUAAUUUCUAUUUUAAUGCUUUGCUUAGCCAGCUCUGAGGAGAAUAACAGGCCAGUGAUAGCAGUCCUAACAAUUCCAAUGACCUAUAAUUUAGAUCAAGAUACUGACUUGGGCGCUGAAGGUGCCUUCAUCCAUUCUCAGUAUGCCAAAUUCCUUGAAAAAGCAGGAGCAAUGGUGGUUCCAAUCCAUUCUAAUUCUCCCAUCGAGGACAUACAUUACACUCUAGAGCAUGUAAAUGGAGCUCUUUUUACAGGAGGAGCACUUCCAUUUAUCAAUGAGGAUGGAAGCUUGAGUCCUUUCGCAGCUGCAGGAAAAAUCAUACUUGAUAAAGUAAAGGAUCUUAAUGAUAAUGGAGUUAAUUUCCCUCUUUGGGGAACAUGUAUGGGGCAUCAACUAAUCCUUAUGCUUGAAAGUAAUAGAUCUGAUGCUCUUAGUUCAUGCCCAUCUUCACAUACGCUAGAUAAUUUAAUUUAUCAGAUGGACGAUAUUACUAAAUCUGAUCUCUUCGGAUCAUUCCCAGAGUAUCUGAUCAAAGCCUCUCAGGAAGACAAAUUGACUGCAAAUUUCCAUCAUUCUGGAGUAGAUGCUGCUAGAUUCACCGGAGAGCUUGAGUUAUCCAAAACUGUAAAUCUCCUUGCUACCUCUCUCGACAUUAACGGAAAGCCAUACUCAGCAAUCACAGAGUUCAAAGACUACCCUAUCUACACCGUUCAAUUCCAUCCAGAAGUCACUGAAUUCACUUUCUCCUACAACGACACUGACCACUCAGACAAUGCAGUUGAAUUCAUGUUCCUAAUGUCCCUAAAAUUCAUCUCUGAGGCCAAAAAGAACACUCAAAGCUACCCUUCCCAUUCAGAUUUAAUCUCGAACCUAGUUCAGACCACGGGUCAAGCCAAGCUCAGUAGUGGUGGUGACUUCAAAGACAAUAUAUAUUUCAACACUGAACAAAUAAGUUUGAUUAAUCAGUAGUACCAAUUUCAGUUCGGAAUAAAACAAAA